AUGGAAGCCCAACUCGACCCCAUCUUCCAGGACCGCAUCGAUGCCAAAGCGGUCCCAGGCGCCGCUGCCGUCGCGCUCGACAGAAAUGGCAACGUGCUUUUCAGCAAAGGCUAUGGCAACACGACCGUCGGCGACGAAAGCUCACCUAAAGUUACACCCUCGACGCUGACGUUGAUUUUCUCAUGCACCAAACUCGUCACUGCCGUCGCCAUGCUCCAGCUCAUCGAGCAAGGCAAAGCGGACCUCAUGGAUCCGGCAUCGAAGUACUUCCCACCGAUCGCAAAGCUCAAACUGCUCAAGGGCUGGAACGAAGACGGCACGCCCGAGCUUGUGGAACCGGAAAACGAGAUCUUACUCCUCCAUCUAUUCACGCAUACGUCCGGCACUGGGUAUGAUUUCUUCAGCGGCGAUCUCCUCCGCUACCGGGUCCAACAGGCCCAACCCGUGAUGACGUAUAUGACAGAAGGAACGUUGGAGAGCUUCAUGACGCCUUUGGCCUUCGAGCCUGGAACGAAGUACCAAUACGGCGUUAGCUUCGACUUCCUCGGCCUGUGUCUCGAGAAGGUUUCCGGGAUGCGCUUGGAUCAGUACGUGGACAAGCAUAUCAUCCGGCCACUCGGUCUCGAGAACACAGGCAUCAGCCUCAACGAGGAGCAGACCAAGAACCUCUUUCCCGUCCACGCGAAAGAUGCCGAAGGCAAACUCACCCCGACGCCUACGCGUCCGAAGGAAGACCCAGAGGUCGUGGGCGGCGGACACUUCCUGUAUAGUACCGCCGAGGACUAUGCGCAGAUCCUGCUCGUGCUGUUGAACAACGGCACGCAUCCGACGUCCAAAGUCCGGAUCUUGAAGCCGGAGACGGUGAAGGACUACAUUUUCACGGACAUGCUGCCGAAAGUUGGCUGCUCCAACGAAGGCGUGGGCGAGAUCCCGUCUACCAUCCCGCAAGUUAGCUGUGAGGGCACGUUCAUGCCGGGGAUCCCUAAGGGCUGGAGUCUGGGGGGUAUGAUCAACCACGAAGACCUGCCCAAUGGGCGGAAGAAGGGCAGUUUGAGCUGGUCUGGGUUAGGCAAUUUGUAUUACUGGGUAGACCGGACAGAAGGAUACCUUGGUAUGGUAGGCAGCGCAUAUCUCCCCUAUUUCGACAAGGACGCGCUGCACCUGGCCGAUGCGUUGGAGAGAGCGGUGUACGGCAAGCCGAUGGCGAAGGAGAUUGGUGAGAAAGGGUCGAAUUUUGAAGGCGGGAACUACGAGGUGGCACAGUGA